UUAAAUUUUCAAAGUUCAUGUGACAGGCAACGUAUGGCGAUCUGACAGGUUAUCAUUGUUUACAAUGUUAGGCACCGCCGGAAUAACAGCCGUACACGUUAAAAAAUUAGGUCACACUAUCGACGAAAUACGAUUGCGAGCUCUGGAUAAUAUUAUUUCCAAGUACGAUCUUGGUUUCGUGUGCGAUUGUGAUGCUGUCAAGAGAGAAAUAAUUCAGAGACUAUUCAAUUGGUUCUCGUUCGAGACUGCUCCGCAACCGGAGAAGGUGCUGAAUUUAUUAUUGCAGCUAGUAAAGGCAGAUAUAAAGAGUUACUUAAAUGCAUUUGGCAAGUUAAAAUUUCAAAACGAGCUUUGUGAAUUAAGGAGGAAGCUCUCUCCAGAAUGGCACGCAAGAUUGGACGAAAUCGAAGAAGCUGUUCUUCAUUCAGAAAAAAGUCAGACAGAUGGAUUAUAUACAUACAGAAAGGAUGUUGCUAUAAAUACAUGUUCAAAAUUUAGUGGAACACAAAAUCAUGUCAGACAAAAGAGUAAUUAUGAAAGAGGAGAUUAUGAAGAUUCAUAUGGAAUUUUCAAUUUUCCAUCUGUCCUAGAUAGUACAAUACCGUUUGACAUAACAUUGGAACAUAAGAAUAGUACGCAAGUUUCUAAGCUGAUAGAAGGUGGCAUAAAAUGGUUGAUAAUGCCAUGGCAGCCACUGGUUACUUCAGACAGAGGAGUACUCACUGCAGUCGAGGAAGCUCUUAAUAACACUACGGAUACUAAUCUCAUAUUACACACGUGUCAGUUUAUAACGAAUGUUAUGAUGCAAGACUUCCCAGCCGAGGUUUUUCUUCAACGACCAACAAUAAUUAAAAUACUUCAUGGUCUUCUUAAAUCAAGUACUAAUAUGUCAGAAACUAAUGUUGCGUGUGUGAUUCCAACUCAAAUUGUAUUGAAGACAUUGCGUAAACUGACACGUUCUUUAAGGUUUCGCAUUUACUAUUAUUGUGAACCAUGUGUAGCGAAUAAAAAGCAAAAGUUACUGGCCAGCAAAUUAGAUAAUAAUGUUUAUACAUCUUCGGAAGCUGGAGAUGGUUUAGAUAGUGGAGUACCUGAAGCUAAUUAUCAAGCAUAUCAAUCGACGGGAACCAGUGACAGAAGUCAAAGUAUCAGCGAAAACGUCGAUGAUUCUGUUUUACAAUUGCAACAGAUGCUUCUGCCGGUUUAUUGCAUAGAAUCUUUGAAACACGUUCUCACUCAAUUGAGCAUUCCCGUUGAUUCUAUCUUUCCUCUACGAAAUGUGAAGUACGUCACAGACCUAACUCACGAAUUAGUGCAGUUGUUAAUAAUUAGUGUAAUGCCGAAUAUCUGGCUCUGCAAUGAUGACAUGGCAAUGAAGAUAAACGAUGACUUGAAAGUGUUGUUCAAUUUGAUGGGAGAGGUGAUGGAGUAUUUCGGAAGCUGCAGCAAUGUGGAUUACUUGAGAAUCACAUAUUUGUAUCUUACUACUAUCACUAUGAAAUUAUUAAGCAGUAUUGUGCCAUUGGAACUAGCAGAUUCUGUCAUACCGAAUGCAUUAAAAGCAUCUAUAACGAAUGCCACGAUGGAUGCACCAAUAUACCUGCUGUACCCAGCAUUGCAUUCUAUGCUUUUAGAAUACGCUCGCCAAUUUCAAGGUGCAGAACAAUUGGCAGUGGUAAAACUGUUCGAUGAAACGAAAACUAUCGCAAAGUCUAUGCAAGCAGUUAUCUCUGUGUUAAAAAAUUCAUUGAAAUCACCCUCGGAAACAUUAAAAAUGUUAUACGCAUCUAAAUUAAGUUUAUCGUACCAUAAAAAUUUAACUGUUGUUAAGAGGGCUAUAAAAUUUUUACAAGAUAUUGUCAGAUAUUCUCUAAGUAAAGAAGACUGCACACUAGCGACAAAACUGAUACUGAGCUUAUUAGCAAACGCGGAUUUAGAUAUCCAGCAUACGACGUACGUCGAAUGCCAUGCGCUAGUCAAAAGUAUCUUGGGAGUUGAAUAUAAUAGAGACAAGCUGUCAUGGGAAAAUUUGACGUUCUUGCUGGAACUAAAUGUUUUGACGGAAAUUAUUUCUCAUGGCGCAACGAGCGAAAACAGCGAGAUAAACGAUAUGUCAAAAGACACACUAGUGUUUAUGCUGAAAGGAAAAGUGCAGAUGGGCGAAACCAGAUGGUUGAAAACUGUAGAAGCUUUCAUUCCUGUGCUGCAACUCCUACAGUGUCACGCUGAUACCAAUACGCCUUUAGGUCAAUGUGUAACAAAGAUAUUUGAUCCUGACAUUUCCGAUAACAUACAAUUACCAUUUAUCGAGAUGUUGAAAGGCAAUUUAAGAUUUCUUUACUCGCCAAACAGCGACAUCCGGGAAGAAGCGUUAUGUCGUUUAAUCUGGCUCUUGGGGAAGGAGAAAGAUUCUAUUCAGAAAUUACCGCGUUUAUCGUCAUUACACGGUUUACCUCUUAGCUCACUCUGUAUAUUCGAGCAUAAAACCUUCGUUAAGCGAUCAGAAGGCAAUUAUCAGAGGAGCAACAUGUUAUCAGUAUUGGAAAUGUUAAAUGAACCAAAUGUGGAUCCCAAAAUACGGAAAUCCGCUUUAGUACAAAUUAGCGUGAUGCUCUCCGACACUUCCUUACACAAAUUGUUCAUUAGUCAAGGUGGAUUGCCCUUGAUUUUGAACAUUUUCAACCAAGCUCUGAUAGAGAAAGAUUACGUAAAUUAUCCCGAUUCUGUGAUACCGAUAAUUGGCAUAUUAAAACUACUCGCAUUUUUUGAAUGUUCCAUACGACAUGAGUUAUCUAUCAACGCUAAUGUUCUUUUAAAUAUCACAAGAAGUCUCUUCCUUUUUCCAAAUAACGAGUGGGUAAAAUCUGACGGAUCGCAACUGCUGUGCUUACUUCUCUAUAGCGAGUACAUCAUAAAAGUUAAUGAAAAAAACAUAGAAAACAGCGUUUCAUUACCUUACAUUAUUGUGAAAAACAUGAAGUUACCAUUUGAAUGCAGAUCUCAUUGGAAAACGAGUAUACAUAGACGAUCUGACAUGUCACUUCUUCAUGGCAGCAAUCCAGUAGCCUUAACUUUCAUUAGACAGUACUGGGCAUGGGAAUGGAAUGACGGCGUAAACAUGUUGUGGAAAUGCUUAGGUGAUUUAGAGAAUUCGGAAAUCUCUGAUAAAUUGAAGAUUCUUGAAAAAGAUUUUCUCACUCUACAAUACAGUUUUCCUCAAUACUGUUGUCAACAGCAGCUCUACAACAUCCAAAAUUCUACUACACACUAUAGUGUUAUGUGUGCAUUAGAUUUUCUCAUAAUGUAUCUGAAAUUUUACAAAGUACUUAAACGCGAUAAUGAGAAAAAUAUUGACUCACUACCGUGGGAGCAAACGUUUGAACGAUUUUUAUUAUCGCAUCCCACGAGUAAAGAAGAUUGCGAUUUAUUUAUAGAUGUUUUAAUCUUUUUACAAUUGUAUCUAAAUGUUAUAAAAAAUGGAAAAAAUUUGUGGAUUAGUAAAAUUAUGAAAAACAUGACAAGAUCGUUAGCAGAUUUAUUUAAAAACUUGGAAAUUGACAAUCAGAAUGUAUAUCAAUCUGUAUUUAAGUUAGUGCGUACAUGUUCAGCGAUUGAAAAAACACAACAAUCUGACGAUAAACCUAGGAAUACUUGGAUUCGAUUUGUGGAAUUUGUCGUUUCAACAUUGUGUUUCGGAGAUCAACAGCAUUUCUACAAUCUCGCAUAUCUCGAUUGGCUGCUAACAUGUUUGACAUAUUUGAUCGGACAGUGCGAGUGGGGAAAUCAUAAGAACCUACUAAUAUCUCUUUGUAACACACUCGUUGAAUUGAUUGUGUCCUUUCAUGACGCUGGAACGGUUAGUUUCAUGGGUUUGUCAAUAACGAGAAACUCAAUAAUAUGUCUCAACCAUUUAUUGCAUCAGAUGCAACUCAAUUUUAAUAAAAAUGCAUGGAUAGUAUUUUGGUACGAAGAAGGCCGUUCGUUAAAUUGGUUGCCUAUGUUAUGGCAAAAUAGAGAUCCACUGGUUCGCGCUUCGGCCUUGCAGUUACUGGCAGGUCUGAUGAAUAUAGUGUACAAUGUAUCGCAACUCCUCAACGCAAUCGCCAUGGCACCGAGUGAUUUAUGUCACACGCUGCUCCAGUGCAUCACAAACAGAGAGGAAUCUUGCUUAGUGAGAGAACAAGCAUGUAUUGCAUUUUGCAACAUGUUGAAGAACUGCAACUCUAUAACUUUUCAGUGUGAUGAUUCUUUACAACCGCAAACUAUCAUAAUAUACGUCGAGCAACGCAACAUCUAUCAUGAAAUCAGUGUUCUGUGCUCCAAUAUCUAUACAUUAACUACUUUAGACACCGAACACUCGGAAUAUCAAGAAAACGAUGGGAAAGCAACUCUCGUGCAAAGUGUGCGAUCUGGUUGUGUUUCACUAGUGCCACGUACCAUAUCACAGCUGUACAAUUGUCAGGAUGAAUUGCAACCCUUUUCCGGCAGGGAUUCAGAAAUAACGGACGUGGAUAAUCCAAUACAGUUAAUAGCGACGCCCUCGCUUAUUACAGCUGCUUGUAGCUUAUUAAACAAUUUGAUAUUUAUCGGACAGCACGAGGUAGUUCGGCAAAUUUAUGAACAUUCCAUCGAUAAGUAUUUAUUUGGAUGUUUGAAUGACAUACCGAAGGAUACCGGAAGCAGGAAGAGUUUGAAUCAUUAUUCCGACACGUUGGAAAUGUAUAUUAACAUCUGUACAGUUCUCACAAAUUGUAUCACGUACAGCAACGAAUACACAGCCGUUGUUCUCUUCUCUCCGGACUCACUUUACACUCUGUUCUGCUUCUUAAAUAUUGAUUUGUAUCAGUCCACUGAACCGCGCCUUGUGUAUCUGCGUAACAGACUGUGGACGGAAAUCUAUAACUUCAUAGCUGUGCUUUCGUUAACGGAGGACCAGCACUUUGAAGCUAUUCAAAGCGCUCUGGAAUUAUUCGGGCCGGAAACGGUCAUGGCUUCCAUUUGUUACGCAAUAAAAGACUCAACGACAGAUUUACGAAUGAGCGCUAUAAGUUGUUUGGCUUUUCUGCUGUCCCAAGAAAUUCAGAAGGAUAUGUUGGGAAGAAAUGGUAACUGUUUAUUGCAGACUGUGCUCGAUACUUAUAUGACAUAUGUCACAAUUGAAAGCAAGGAUGAUAGUCUGCGAGACGUGAUAUCGAGUGUGAACAAAUUAUCGAUAAGAGAUGCCAACGCGUAUUCCAGAAAGUCGAACGAAAGCGAGGAUUUGUAUACGGUAAUAAAUGACAAGCCAUCGAACGAAGAACGAAUUACGAUGGGAAACGAAUUAUGCGAGCUUCUACUGCAUCUUUUCAUCGCUCAUAAUUAUGCGAAAUCCAAGAAGAAUUGCAAACAAUCGGAAGACAAGGAUCUUAUUAUAGGUGCCCUUACGAAUUUAUUAUAUGUAUCGAAGGAAGCGAAACGGACGGCACUGCAGGGAAAUCUUCCUGAAACCGCAUUAAUGAUCCUCAAGGAAAUAUAUGUGAAGCUAAAUCUUCAACCGUUCGAACUUUAUAAGAAACAAGCAGAAAGAAAGACUCAUCCUUUAUUGCACGAUGCAAACUGUAUUUUCACGCUUCUAAUGAAUUUCAUGUACGGGGAUGUACACGUAAAGGAGAGUCUAACAAAGGAGGGUUUGGCAGAUGUGGUGCACAAAUUGUGGGUUCGAAUAGCAUUAAAUAAAACAGUGUCUACGACUGCUUUAAAAUUGCUGGCGACGUUUACAACUAAAUCUCGUGUUGCCGCGCAAUCUUUGACAUUAACGACAACAUUACCGGGAAGUGGUUUAAGAAAAACGCCGAAUACUCUCGCAUUAAUACAUGUUAUUAUCCAAGUAGCGAGCAAAGAAAUUGAAAGAGCUGGUCAACUUUUCGAUAAUCACAAGAUGCAUUUUGCCUUUCAUAUCUUGCGAAACGCAGUACAUGUUCACGAGUGUAGAAUUUCUAUCUCAAAGAGCAAUCUUCUUCAAUUCUUUACUAAAAUACAUCCCAUUAUCACUAAAAGAACGAAACCGUGGCCAUUAGUCGAAAUGUAUUGCUUAGAAUUUUUAAUAGAUUUUACUUAUUAUGAAGAAGGGCAGUUAUGCGUGCCAAAGGCUACUGACGCUCUGGACGUUCUGAUACAUUUGGCAAAGUGUUCUUCAUCAUCGAGCAAAGUCCUCGCGAUAUCAAUAUUACGCAAUUUAGCUUUCAACUUAGCGAAUAGACCUCGACUUCUUAGUUCAGUGGAUUUUAUCAAUUUAUUGCACGAUAUCUUUAAGACUGGAUCGAUGUGUGAGAUCAACUUAGCUGGUUCUAUGUUAUGGUCUUUGGUAAGCAACAAUCAAAAAGGGAAACUCAUUGCACGGAGCGCCGGAUUUUCUCAAAGCAUUCGGGAAGCUCUCGGUAGAUUUACGUUACUGAGUAUCGAUGCCACUAAACAAGAACAGGAACUAGUCAAGAUUCUGCAAUAUGUACUUACUAUUCUCAGCCCGGUUGAAGUAAAGAACAGUGAUGCAUAAUUUAGUCCAAAUUGUAACAAGAGACCAAAUAUUGUAUAUAAUUAUUUGCGAUCAAUUUGUAUAUAAAAUAACGAUGUAAUAUUUUUUUAUAAA